GGGGUAAGUCAUUUGCAAGUACAACAGUUCUCUGUGCGCUCUCCAUUCAUUUCCUGAGAACUGCCUGAGCCGAGCAGCUGAGAGGCAGAAGGGGAGGGAGCCGCUCUCACACACUCUCUCUCUCACAAAUACACAGAGCCGCGGCGAGGAGAGGCAGAGGAGGAGAGGAGACAGAGAGGGCUGUAGGAAGAAAAACAGUCUCCCCGGCUCUGCAGCUUCUGACAAGGCCGCGUCGCAAACAGGAUGUUAAUGCUGGACGGAAUGCCUGCAGUCCGAGUCAAAUCCGAGCCCCUGGAAUCGGAACAAGGGUCACCCAAAGUGCGGCCUUUUUCUGCCAUGGAUAGAAUGCCUUUCUUCUUGAGCAGAGUGAAAGCUGAGCCUUCAGAGGAUCUCCUGGCACACGAGCUACACUUCCACACUCAGACUGAACCGGUGGAUCUGUCCAUAAACAAGCCUCGUCCAUCCUCUUCCACCUCCUCCUCCUCGCCCCUCAGGUCGGCCUUCUCUCCCUCAUCUUCAUCAUCCUCCUCCUCCCCGUCAGUCAUCACCUCUGCCUCCUCGGUGCUCUCCCCGGGCCCGCUGGUCGCUCCUGGGUCUGGCGUCAGAGGUCAGCCGUAUUUGCACAUCCUGCACUCUGUGCCGCCUCCUCCGUCCAGCCCUCUGAGCCUGCAGGGAGCGGGGAAGCUGGCCAGCCAUGUUCACCGCAUCCCAGUUGUGGUGCAGUCGCUCCCGCUCAUGUACACCACUGCUGUUCGAUCACCCUCCAGCCUCAACAACGCCAUCAUGCUACCUCUGCUCGAUGAGGCCAAAAGCAAGGGCAAAGGACACUCGGAUCUCAAUGGUCUGUCGCCACGGCACAUCAAGAGUGACAGUGAAGACGACGACCUGCCAAACGUGACCUUGGACAGUGUUAAUGAGACGGGCUCCACUGCUCUGUCUAUAGCCCGCGCAGUGCAAGAUUCCAUGUCGCCGUUCAGUAUUGACAGCAUACGUCGACCUCGGAGAUCAGAGUCUCCCGAUUCCAAAAAGCGGAGGAUUCACAGAUGUGACUUUGACGGUUGCAAUAAAGUGUACACAAAAAGCUCUCAUCUAAAAGCCCACAGGAGGACGCAUACAGGGGAAAAGCCAUACAAAUGCACCUGGGACGGCUGCACGUGGAAGUUCGCGCGUUCCGACGAGCUGACGAGGCACUACAGGAAACACACGGGCGUCAAACCCUUCAAGUGUGCAGACUGUGAUCGCAGCUUCUCCCGCUCGGACCACCUCGCCCUGCACCGGAGGAGACAUAUGCUCGUGUGACACAAGAGGGCGACAGAGCAUGCUGGGACACUCGCUACAGAGAGAGAGAGGGCAUCAUCAGUGACACAGGCAGGCGGCCGGGGGAGCGGGAUCUCCCUGUGAAUGUUUUCAGCUGGCCUGGACACAGCCACAAACACAUACGAGGAAAGAGAAGAGGAUCAUGGCUGGAUCCUUGGAAGGAAACUUAUACUGUCAGUCGAUUAUAAUAAAAGAGAACUGUCUUUUACUGCACUGUUGGUAAAUAUUACAUUUAGAUUUUUAAUUCACAACUUUUAAUGGGACUAAAGAUACAAAUGCAAUCAAGAAACAUUUCAUUUGAUGUUUUCAUUCUUAUUGAUAAAUUGCUGCUUUUUCAGCAUUUUUAAUGUGAAAUACCCUGUUUUGUGGAAUGGAUUUCCUGUGUGUGCUCUGUUGAACCAGAGACAGGACCUGCCCUGGACCACAGGAAAUAACUGGGCUACAAGGUCUUGGUUGGAUUUACAGGCUUCAGUAUUGCGCCUUCUUGUCUUUUUAACCAGCAGAGGGAGCUCUUUCACCAUGCUUUCCUUUGCCUGUUCCAGCCUGCUGUUAUACAGUAUGUGAAGGCAUCUAUUACAAGCUAUAAGAGGGCUGGACUUUCACCUAUCCCGCAGCCAUAUAAUGGGAUUGGAGUUAAAAACACCUUAAAUGGAUCUGCAUCUCCACACUUUUGCCGUUUUGGACCUUCAUUGUUUGUUAAACAAUGAAAAGUGGCAUAUCAUCCCACCAGCAAAAACACCCCCCUCAUGAGCCCCCCAUCCUCAUUUAAGUUCAGCCUCUUUUAAACAUUUCCUUCACUUUGUGGAUUUUGUGCUGUGAUUAGCAAUCAGUAAAAGUGCAAUCUUCAAGGGUAAAUAUUCUCUCGAUAUGUUUCAUUUCAGUUACGUCGGACACAGAAAGAUAAUCCCUCUGAUACAGUGGACAUGGAAACAAUCACAGGACUUUGGGUGAGACUGAGGCACUUUACAGACUUCUGCUCUUGUGUUCCUCAGUGAAAUAUUGUAGUUUUGCACAACAGUACUGCAGUGUUAAAGGAGCUGUGUGGUAUCUAACUAAAACUAUACUGUAGAUGAGCAAUACAAUUUUAACAAAUAAAAACAAGGAAUUGAUGUCAAGAUAAGAGGGUUUGCCCCACUCUGGAAAACUGUUCACCUUGUUCUGUUUUUAGUUUUCAACUCCAGCACAAAGAACUUGCUUCAAGCACAUUAUCUUGUUAUAUAUCCUUUCAUUAUUUCUCCAUUACAAGUUUUUGAUAUACAGUGCUGUGCAAAUGUUGGUGAGGUUGUUAAUAAGAAAUCUCUGUAAGCUCUUUAAAUUCAGUUAAUCCAUUUUUUUACAUUUUUACGCUUCAGUUCAUAAACUUUGCUCUUUCAUUUCCAUUUCAUGAUUUUUGCACAGUACUGUAUGUGUUUAAUUAUGUUUUAGCAAACACAAGUAUUGGCAAACCAAAGUAUCACCACUUAGUAUUCUUCACGGCUUUUAUGGUGAUAUUAAAAGACAUUUCUAUAUUAAAUUAUUUUCUUCCCUGUAUGAAAGCUUCAGACAGAAGCCAGAGAGCAUCAGGGCAGCUCGCAUCAUCUGAUAGCACUCGCUAAAUGCAUUUCUUGGACUGGAGCCAACAAUAGAAUAUGACAAGCUUUUGGAUAAUAGCACCUUGGAAACGCCAAGAACACAGAGCACACAUGCACAGCACCCCCAGACUCAAACUCCACAUCCUCAAGGCCCACGACUAACAGCAUAUCACCUUAUUAGUUUUUAUGUUACAUUUUAACCCUGCUUCUCUGAGAGAAGAGAACUAUAUAAUCCUUAUUUCUGUGCACAUGUCAUUACCAUUAUGUUAUGUUGUUGGCAAAAGCAUAUCAGCACCUUUUUGUUUAAUAUAAUAAUUUAAAAUCUUUUUAUUUCAGAUUAAUUCACACAUAAUCAUCAUGGUAUAUUUUAUCUUCUUUAUAGUAUGAGAAUAUGAUUGUGGGGCACUUCGAUGAAUAUACAGUAAUGAUUUCUUUUAUGUAAAAAGUUUUCAAAUGUUGUAAUAUAUGUCAUAGUGAAGAGAAAAUUAUUACAAAGUUCUACAGCCUGUAUAUAUACUGGAGAAAUAGGGCUUUGGAUUUCUAGAACAUGUGUUUAUACAGGUCUUUUUCAGAGACUCUAAUUUAUCUGAUUUGAUUUACAUUAAAAUCUGGCUAAUGGUGUUCAUCAUGUACAAGACCAUAUGUGAUGUCCUGGUUUACGUUUGUGGUCAGCUGAUCAAAACUCUUUAUUUCUGAAGGCUGAAAGUGUUAAAUUAUUUAUCUAGCUCUGGUUUCCUUCUGUUGCUCAUGUUCUGAUAACACAUUUCAAAUUGUUAUUCUGGGCCCAUCACUGCGGACACCAUUAUGAUGUCAUAAGUCUCCGUCUUUGGGACGACACUGGAGACGUGCCUGGCGAGCGGGAUGGGUGUGCGGUUUGGGUUUGCAAAUGGAAAUAGCAAUAAACGCACAAUGUGGUGAGCGUUUUCUGUCACCAUGGUGUGAACGCAAACAACAAAACAAUUACUAAUGACCGUUUCGAUUAUAUUUUACUUUUAUCGGGCAAUAUCACAAAAGAACUGUCUCGUUUUUGCAUGAAUCAGUCAAAACGAGUCAAACCCAGAGUUUCCUUACGGCACGUUUAUGACAUCGUAAUAAGGUGGAGGUAGAACGAUGUACCUUGAACAUUAGCAAACGUGUAUUUCACCUACAAAGGUACUUGAUAAUUCCCUGCGAUGUGUCUUUGCUUUGACCUACGGAGUGAUCAAGAACACAUCACAAACUACUGUCAGUAUUGAGCGAUGCAUGCCUUAAAACAAACUUCAUUUCAGAAAGUCACUUAGACUUGAAGAUCUCCACACAGACAGGGUGUAUUGUAUUUCCCUUAGAACAUUCUCCUUUCAUUUUUAAAGCAUAAUUUUGUAACGGUAACCAGGGUCAAAGUUAUGCAAUAAUGAAUAAAUAGUGCCUCGUAUCACAGACUUGUACAAUGACUUUAUUAGCUUGGGUGCAGGAUUUUAAAACACGCUCAAAUUAACUAAAUAACUGAGUAACAUCUUCGGGAAAAGCACAGAUAUGCAAGUUGGACCUCUAUUUGUAUUUUUUCCUUUAGCACUGAGCCUUAUGCCGCUGCGUCUCGUGUUCUCCCAUCACAUCUCCACACUUCUGCCAUACAUCACUACUUUGUUUGCAAUAAGUCAAAACGUUACGGCUCAAAUUAGGUUUUCAUUCUGCAUUCUAAAAACUCUCGUGAGAAAUCCUGCUUGUCCUGCGAGUGGGAUUCCUGCUGUAGACUGAUGCCUUUGUCAGUAAUUACUAAUAUCAAUGAUUUGUUUUAUUUACUACAAUCUUGAUUUUUUCUGGUUUUAUGAAGAUUUUUCAGUAGUGACGCCAAUGCCUAUGUUAAAGUUUGCUGAUAUUGCGUACAGUAAUUGUUGUUCCUGUAUUUAUGUAAAGUGAGUGUAGUGUAAAUAUUCCAAUUUUUUUUUUCUUUUUUUUUCUUUUCAUUCUUUACCUUAACAAAAUUGUGAUUUCAAAAGGGAGAUUCUGCUUCAUGGAAUUCCACAUCUAUAAAAGUAAUUUCUAGUCCUGCAAUUUUUCAGAAGCUUUUUGAAAAGGUGUCCUAUUUUUUUUCUUCUUCUUCUCUUCUGUUUUUUUCCCUCAAAGUUGUUUAAGUAUCCAGUCAGUGUUUUUUGCCUUUUAUUCUCUGUAUUUUCAUAUGGAUGGAGCUGUGAAAUGAAAAAUAAGUUAAAAUAUACAUGUAUAUUAAUAUGAAUGGAGGCAUGAAGGUUAAUAAAGUUGCAUUUUGUAUGUAA